GGGACCACUACGCAGUGUGAAAACAUGGCCUGGGCGGUGUUCCUCCUAGUCUGCGCUAUAACUUCUGUCAUUGGGCAAGACGCGAAUCCUACAGACUCCGUUGGCUCCCAGACGUUCAUUGUUGGCGCUAUCGAGCAUCCUGUUUAUCUCAAGAAGAAAGAGGAUGGCUCGUACGAAGGGUUCGACCAAGACGUUCUCAAUGAGAUCUCAAAACUAAUAGGGGUGGACUUCCGCAUAAAGCCUCCAGAUGACGGGCGCUACGGGAUGGAAGUUGACGGGCGAUGGAACGGAAUGGUCGGCGAACUCAUCGAAAGGAAAAUCGACAUGGCCAUGGGACUGUACAUCACAACGGAGCGAGAGAGAGUCAUCGACUUGAGCAAACCCCUGAUGGAAGAACACGUGGAGAUGUUAGUGAAGAAAUUGCCUAUGAUGGAUCAGGCAGAUUGGUGGGCACUAACAUACGGCAUCAUGUCCAAUGAGGUAUGGGUUGUGAUCUGCGUGUCAUUUUUCCUGGUAGCCAUCGUCCUGUUCGUCAUCAUUCGGGUCAGUCCGUACGAGAGUCGGGCGUACUCGGCAGAGGUCGGCGAGGCGAGUCGACUGUCGACCUUCGGGCACAGCCUGUGGAUCUGCUUCAGCGCGAUGAGCUGGCAGGGGGUGGACUACUCGCCCCGCUCCUUCUCCGGACGAUUCCUCUUCGUCUUCUUCUUCGGCUUCAUCGUCUGGACGAUCAUCCUGUGCACGGGCUCCAUCGCAGGGUUCUUCCUCACAAACCCGGCGGCCGUUUCCGUCAGGGCCCCCGUCGAGUCGUGGGACGAUCUGGCAGCAACUGACGGGAUCCGACCUGUUCUCGUUUCUGGAGGUGGUUCGGAGAGGUUUUUCAAGGAAUCCAAAGUCCCCAUGUACCGACGCAUCUACGACAAGGCCAUCAAGGUAAGCAGCUCGGAGGAGGGAUUGAAGCGCGCGCGCCUUGGCGUGGCGGCUUACAUCUGCAUGUCCUCGAUCGCCCGUUACCAUAGCAACCAGAAGCCGUGCGAUCUGAUGUCCAUCCACGACGCGCAAGGCAUCGUGGGAAGGCGCUCCAUGGGUAUCGGCCUGCCGAUUGGUUCUCCGCUGAGGACUGAGGUGAGCCUCGCCAUUCUGCAGCUGAGGGAGGAUGGCACCAUCCACAGGUUGUACCAGAAAUGGACAGCACGUCAGGGACAGUGCGCCAACGCUGAGUUCUCCGGCCCUAGCGCUAAACAACAACAGCCGGCUCUGCACUAUCACCAGCUGGGCGUCAGGGACAUGUUGCCCAUCUUCGUCGAGCUCGUGGUAGCCGCCAUAUUGUCGCUGUGCAUCAUGGGAGCUGAAGUGGUCUGGGAUAAGCGUAGAUCCAAGGCGACCCGGAAAGCUUCAACCCCAGACAAGACGACAGGAGCCUGCGAGGACACCAACAUCUGAAGGACGGCAGUCAACAUUUACAUGGCCGGUCACUUGUUUCAACCCGCGUGUUUGAAGAGAGGUCGUUUAAGAACUCUCUAGUUAAAACUAUGGAAAGCAGAGAAUGGGCUCUGAAGACUUUGUAAGGCCACAGCAUAUAAAUUUGUUGGAUGACAUCCUUUACAAACUCCAAAUUUAAUGAGAGAGGGCGAAAAAACAAGAUGGGAUAUAAAACAAGAUUAGAAGCGACUAAACGUGAUAUCACAGCCAACAAGUCUUUUAUUUCUGUAUUCAUGAGGUGCACAAAGUGACACCAGUGUGGUAGUCUGGUAUCAGUUACUAAGUUGGCAACUUGAGUCGUGGCUGCCACCUUGGUGCCACUUGUAUUAUUGCACUAGUUUUACUUCUACAACUAAGGUCAUAUUCCUCACUCGUGUCACUUGACUACAAGUACGUCAAUCAGAUUACCACGAUAUAUUUCCCGUUUUAGUUCAUUCUAGUCUUCUCUACAGGGAAAUUCUUCCUUUUUUUCCAAAAAUAGGCGAAAAUUGAUAAGAACGUUUACAUUAUCCAUAAGAUUUACUUACUGUGGCCUAAGCUAUGACGUAAAAAGCAUGUAAAGCGGCUUGGAAAUUUGACAUGAAAUGACAAUAUUGUGUCGUUUUAACAUUUGUAUUGUAGAGAUGUUUGUAAGAAAGCGCUUCUAAGCAGUUUGCAAUUAUGCCUUCCAUUGUUGAAAUGAUUUCUGGGAAAGCAGCCUCCUGUGUCACCAGAUCUGAAGGUCCAGGUUGUCUGUUACUCAACAGCGCCACCUAUACUUUUCUUACAAAACCGCAAAUGAAAAUCAAGUCGACAUAAAAACGCUUUCCAAACACACAAAGUUGUUACAUAUUGGUUAUGAUACUGUGAAUAGGCUAGUUCACGAGCCCUGACAAUACAUUAGGUCAUAAAGUCUGUCCAUGGCCUUUCAACUUUGACCUGACACCCACAAUGCACCUUAGUGCGCGCACGCACUUCAAAUCGCGUACUAGCUUACUGUUGUUUUUCAUGAUAUCAGCUUAUAUUUAAGACAUGUCGACGGAGGCCAGAGAACCUGUGAAAUCGACACUAUUCAACUAAGAAACUAAUCUGUUUGUUAUCUAUAACUUUGCUCAAGCAUAUUUAUCGUAUACUCGAGCUCAUCAGCUACUUGCAUGGUACAGGCAACAUGUCCAUAUGUUAAAACAUACUACUGACACGAAACUUUGUUAGAUCACGAUUAUAUUUGACUAUCAAGGCAGUAUCCGUACUCCUUGAAAGGGAAGGACUAAAUGUUGGAGAUUCGCAGUGGAGAUCUAGAGUUAUGGUACAAUAUGAUAUCUAUACAGUUGGCACUUUCAUAAUAAUAAUAAACAUAUUUACAUCUGG